AUGCCCUGGCGGCCGCUACCUCGCAUCGCAUUCGCUGUCGCUAUAUACCCCUUCAAUCCCUCCUCCCCCGCGGACCUACCAUUGGAGCUCGGCGAUGAAUUGUACAUAAUUGAACAAGGCGGCACCGAUGGCGAAUGGUGUCGCGGAUAUCUUGUCGCACCGCCCUCGCUGUUGGCAGGCCUGUCCAGCACCAAAGGACAAACCCUCGAGGCUCGCGUGUUCUCAGGUAUCUUCCCGCGGAACUGCGUAGAGAUUCGGGAAGUACUGGGCGAUGGCGAUGGAUAUAAAGCCUUGCUAAAUGGGGAUCGCAAAAGCAUUGAUCGUCUGACCCUGUCUGGCUCAGACGGAGAGUUCCUGGCGCGAAACAGCUUUGCCCUGUCCGGUGAUUUUCAGGGUGAAGUGUCGGAUGUUAUUUUUGCGAAAAAGGGCAAACCCGCUCAGAUUGUGAUUCACAAGACUGAGGACCCCGCUCUGUCAAGUCCGCGCUCGGUGCAGACAUGGCGGACGGGCUCCAUUCCUCAUACCCCGGUCUCGUUUGCUCCCCGCGACCCUGAUGCGCCAAAGCCUGCGGCUCCUGUCCCAAUGCUUAAAAUCGGCGACGAAACGCCCACAUCCUUGACGGAACCACUGGUUGAUGAGAUCGCAUCAUGUCUGCGUGAAUGGCAUUCGACGAAUCUACAUGAAUUGCUGCUGGACCAGAAGUAUGAUGUUUUGGAAAAUAUGACAAACAUGGUGCAGGAGUUGGACUUUGCGAGACGACAGCUAUUACACAAUGUUCUCACUGGAAAGGAGAAGGAGGCAUUGCGGAACGAAACCGUGUGGAAACUCGUCAAGGCAAACAAGAUGCUCAGCGGAAACGUGAUUGUACGAGAUCCAGAACAGCGGGGUCGUCUGCUCACGGGAGAUGACUCUGGAAUCCAACUGGCAAAGCUGCAGUCAGAGAUGAGCAUGCUUGAAUCCAGUCCUGUCACCACCUCCGAUGCUACGGCCCUUCACCACUUGCUUCUUGAGAUCAACGCGGUAUCAGGAAAUUCCCCGGGCCCCACGACUAUCGCAAUUCAAUUAUAUUCACAGACAGAUGCUGGUGUGUUUGGUCCUUUGUCCGAGGCCUUCAGCCUGGACAUCCCAUCGCCGGAUAAAUUCAUCAACAUGAGCCAAAGCAGCAAGUUGAAAACGCUCUUCACCGAAUUGGCUGCUACGGAUAUUGGCGACGGGUCCGCCAACGGGCGACAGCUCUAUCUUGUGGUUUGGGUUCGCGCCUCAGAGACACGCUCUGCACCCGACACCACACCUGUGUCAAGACCAUCUGUUUCACGAGAGAGUCCAACUCCAGUGAAGCCUCCAGCAAAUGGUGGUAUUCAACCCUCUGCCAAAGGCAGCCUCAGAACGCGGCGGAGCAUGAUGUGGACCCCUAAGCAGCGUGGGCCAAGCUUGGAUAAUCCAGCCAGGCCAAAUGGCCAAGGUAUUCCACGAUCCUCGAGCAGCUCCUCUAGUUUCAAGGAACCAGUUGCCCCUCAACCUGCUCCAACAAAGGAGACAUCUGCAAUCCGCACUGUCGGCGUGGGAGUCUUUGAGAUCUCUCAGAUCCUCCGACAGGAGCGAGAUGGGGAGCAGGUGAUCAAUAUUUGGUCACCUCGCCGAGAGGGCGAAGAAGGGGAUGGGCUGACAGAAGGCUUUGACAAGUUGGUUCGGACUUUGCUGCCUAGUCCUACAGGACGUUAUGUACGCGCUGAUCAUGCUGCCCGCCUUCACCUUCACCUUCGUCCCUUCGUCAGUUCUGACCCAGAUGCUUUGAUCCGCCAAAACCCUACCAUAUUGCAUGAUGUUGUUCAAACACAGCGCAUCGGAUUCUCAAAAGCGCCCACGCGUCCAAGGUCAGAUAUCUACGUGACACUCUCCCAAGCUGUGUUCCCGACAGACGCUCUCCUGUCUCACCCGCAAGCCGGUCAACUUCCUCUGCAGGUCACUUCGGGCCUCAAUAACCUCCAACUUACCCUUGAGGUGCGUGAUGCCCAAGGAGCGCGGGUUGAUCGCUGUGUUUUCCCUUCUUCGGCCAACACAUCGAAUACGGCAUGGCGAACUACGGUCACUCAGCGGGGCUCACCGUGGAACCAGACCAUCCGCCUCAAGAUUCCCACAGAGAAAAUUCCUGGGUCUCACAUGGUAAUGAGUGUCGCAGAUGCGCCAGAUUUCCCUUUUGCACUCGCUUGGAUGCCCCUCUGGGACCAGCAAGCUUUCAUCAAGGACGGCCCCCACUCCCUCUUAUUGCAUGCGUAUGACAAGCAAACUUCUAGCAUUGAGAAUGGGAAGGGUGCCUACUUGAACCUUCCCUGGAGUUCCCUCGGCAAGAAUGAAUCUGCAAAGGACGAGGCCUUGACUGGUCCUCUGGCCACACUACAGCUGGAAACUCACCUCUGCAGCACUGAGUACUCCCAAGACCAAGUGAUCCUCAGUCUGCUGAACUGGCGCGAGCGACCUGUCGAUGAGGUUUUGGAUACCCUCAAACGUUUGCUGUUUGUCCCCGAGAUCGAGAUUGUCAAACAAUUGAAUGGCGUCUUUGAUGCGCUGUUCGGAAUUUUGGUUGAGAAUGCCGGCAACGAAGAAUACGAAAACUUGAUUUUCAACAACCUGGUCACUGUUCUUGGAAUUGUUCACGACCGACGGUACAAUUUGGGGCCGCUCGUCGACAGCUACGCUGAUAGCCAGUUCAACUUCCCCUUCGUCACACCAUGCCUCAUCCGAAGCUACUUACGCCUCUUGAAUGGGGCGACGGAUGGCCAGCAAUCCCGAAGCCUACGUGCCGCCUUCAAAGUGGGACGUCAUCUGCUGAAGUUCAUCAUCAAGGCCCGUGAACAGCAAAAGGCGAAGGAAGAAGGCAUCGGCAUCACCAAUGUACAAUCGACAUUUAACAGAGAUAUGCAUACCAUCUUCAAGUCGAUGGAAACAUUGAUGAAGAAUACCUCGCCGGCUUUGGUGGGCAGCAAAACACUGGUUGUUCAGCACAUCCACACUUGGCUCCCCGAACUUUCCAAGGUCCUGAGCCGAGAUGAAAUGAUUAUGAUCGCAUUGAGCUUCAUGGAUUCAUGCAAAGACGUGACAGGCAUGUUGAUUCUUUAUAAGCUGGUUCUCAUUCAAAAUUAUACCCAAUUCGAGAUGUUCGCCUCAGGCGAAGAAAGAAAAACCCUCAUCAACAGCUGUAUUGGCUGGCUGGCACCAUACUGGGGCUCAACCCCUACCGUCUCGGAUCUGUAUCGCGAUCAGGUGCGCUUGAGCAAUUCCAUUGUGGCUCAAUUGCUCAGUCGGCCUGAUCCCCUACUUUAUGGUUUCAUGCCGAGCAUCGUUGCUUCUUACUGUGCCAUCUCUGCAGAGGGUGUUGAUGAGAGCGAGUAUCUGUCUUUGCUUUUCAGCAAGGCGUUCCCAUUCCAGAUGAAAACUGCAAAGACUCCUCAGAGAUUUGAUGAGUCCUUGGUCGAACUCUCUGCCCUCAUCGCUGCUAUAUCUAAGAUCACGAACCCUAAGCUUCCUUCGUUGAAUGAGCUUGAGUUGGCGACUUUUGUCGGGCAGACUUUCGAGGCUCACAAUUCAAUCUUGGACUGUGAAGCUUAUCCAGAGUCUUGGUUCAGCAUGCAUGUGUACAAUCACCGCGCCACCAUAAAAAGCCUUGAACAUAUUGCUCUGUUGUUAAUUGACAAGCUCCUCCCGGCACCAGAUGAUGCCGACACUUUCGAUACCAAGCUGUGGGAGUCGUUCUUCACCACCUUGCUCAAGGUUAUUUCUAGCGAUGUCCUUGCGCUGGAAACCUUCCCCGAGCAGAAGCGCCGGGCUGUGUGGAAAAUCGCCGGGGAUGUUCGCGAGCAAGGUGCUGAUCUGCUGCAGUCUACCUGGGAGGCCAUUGGCUGGGAGACCAGUGAUGAUGAGAGGGAGCGUUUCAAUCUUAAAAGAUUGGGUGGCUAUCAGGUCCAAUAUGUUCCAGGCUUGGUCCCUCCUAUCAUCGGCCUGUGUCUCAGUGUGCACGAAGGUUUGCGACAUGUUGCUGUUCAGAUUUUGCAAACGAUGAUUCUUAGUGAAUGGGAUCUGAACCAAGACAUCUCCAUCAUCGAGACGGAGAUAAUUUCCAGCCUAGAUACCCUCUUCAAAUCGACGCAGAUGAACGAGACUGUCAGCCAGAAGAUCUUCAUCACUGAACUACUGGAUCUCUUCGAGAGUGAGACAAUCUCAGAUGAUCUUUUGGCAAAUGCAGUGAGGAGUCUCGUUGGAACGGUCGAUGAACUCUUGGAUCUGUUGGUGGCUUCGCAAAGCGGAGUCUCUACCUCAUCUCUCCAGGCCCUGAAGUUGAUGGAAUAUAUGAAGGACAUGGGCCGUGAGGAUAUCUUCAUUCGCUACGUUCAUGAACUAGCCGAAGCCCAGGCUGCGGCAGGCAACUUCACCGAGGCCGGUCUUGCUCUUCAGUUCCAUGCCGACCUCUACGAGUGGGAUCUUACCAAGGUUCUGCCAGAGUUGCUUACCCCCACGUUCCCUGCCCAGAAUGCCUUUGACCGCAGAGAGGCACUGUACUUCUCCGUCAUUCAAAACUUCGAGAAUGCCAUGGCCUGGGCUCCUGCACUGACUUGCUACAAGGAACUCGCGGCACACUACGAGCACACGACCAUGGACUUUGCAAAACUCUCUCGAGCCCAAAGCUCGAUGGCUCGAAUCUACGAUUCCAUCGCCAAGGGCGGCAGACAGUUCCCGCGUUACUUCCGUGUCAUCUACAAAGGUCUCGGCUUCCCUCUCAGUCUGCGUGAUAAGGAGUUCGUCUUCGAGGCAGCGCCGACGGAACGCAUGGCUGCGUUUAUUGAUCGCAUGCAGCGCGAACACCCAAUCGCGCAGAUUAUGUCUUCGGGCGAGAUCCCUGAUUACGAAGGCCAAUUCCUGCAGAUCAGUGCCGUCAGCGCUUACCGUGACGUGUCUCAUCCUGUAUACCAGCGGUCCAAGGUGCCAUACUCUGUCCGUGAGCAUCUGUUGAUUUCAGAGCCUUUGCGGUUCUCCUCUACCUCGAGACGUCACACUGGCAGCUCGGAUGUGCGUGAGCAGUUUGUCGAGAAGUUCGUCUUCACUGUUUCGGAUGCCUUCCCCAAUAUCCUUCGUCGCAGCGAGAUUGUCUCUGCUCAAGAGAUUGCUUUGUCGCCUUUGCAGACGGCGAUUGAGCGGACGUGGCGCAAGACCCAGGAGCUUCAGCUUCUUGAGCGCCGCGCUGCUUCAGGUGAGGACUCCAGUCUGUCGAACUUGACAGAGGCCCUCGAGCAGCUUCUUGAGCACAGAUCCCCGUCAUCUAACUGCGUCGCCCUGUACCGCGUGUUCCUCUCCGAUGCGGAGAUAGCACGGAACAAACGUCUCGAGGAAGUGGACGAAGACGCCGAGGAUGUCGAAGAGUCCGAGCCCGAGCCCGUGGACCCAAUGGAGACCGCACUCUCUGUUGCCCUGGUCGAUCAUGCGCUGGCCAUCAAACACGCCUUAUCUCUUUACCAGCGUCCCGCUCACCAAGCCACCCAAGCCGAGCUCCUCCGACGAUUCGAGGACGUCUUCGAGCCCGAGUUGGGCUCCGUCGCCCCCGCCCCAGUCGAAUACUCAUCCCCAACACCAACCCAAACCGCCCGCCAAUCACCCGUCGGCGAUGCCCGCCGACUCCCCAUCCACCGCACCAUCAGCCCCGAACAAGACGUGAAUGGUCGCACCGCACACGCGCGCAAACGCUCCGAUCGACAAUCCGUCAGCCACCGCAUCAGCAUCAUCAACCCUUUCAAACGCCACGGUGGUUCCAACUCCAUCUUCACCAUCCAGCCGGAUAAGACCCAAACGUCCGGCGAAGAAGAGGUCGACGAUGACACGGCUACCAUCCACAGCCACACUACCAACCACUCUCGUGCCGGUCGCAGCGAAAAACGUCGCAGCUUCUUCGGUGAUAAAGGCUACAAGCACGGUUCCUCGCCGUCCGUCGCCCAAGAAUCCCAGACUUCCUUGAAGAUCCGCAACCCGUCCCAGGAUGCCUCGCACAAUGGUCGCAGUCGCGGCAGUUCGCAGCACCGACACCCGAGCACGGGUGAGCGAGCUCCUCCCAGCGCUAGUGGUGGGUGGUCGACACUCCCACCCACGCGUGAUUAUUCCCGACCUGCUACGCGCGACAGCAAUCCUGUGACGAUGACGACGACCAAUGGUACAGCACCUUUGUCGCCGGUCAGUAAUCACAGUUCUGGUAAUGGCGGUAUGCGGGACUCGGUGUUCCGUCGUUUCAGUCUACUCAAGGGGAAGGGGGUUGGGAGGAAAAAUAGCCGGAUGGAUAUCAAAUCCCUGCCGGAGGACAUACCGGGUAUGAGUACGGAGUACCAGUCUCAUAUAAUGUAUCAAGCAUAUAUAGUACUAUGUACUCGUAACCCAACUACAACCAAAGUGGCACUCGAGUUGCAAACAGGUCCGUGCAUUGAAAUGAGGUGUGGCAGUGCUGGGCUUGGCAUCGGAAUGCAGCCAACAAGCAUCGCCCAUCUGGCUCCAACUGGUGGAGUCAAAAGUGUGAUCAUCACAGACCCGAGAGCUACUCUGCUGUCCGAAGGCUGUGCCAACUUUCAAUUCCACGGAAACGUCCCUUCGUUACCAAACCCCAACUUCCGCUCCCAAUUCCGAAGCUUCAGCUUUGGUCCCCGUACAGCGACAAUGCCACGCAAUGGCUCUGUAGAUGAGCGCACUGGCCUCCUCCGUGGCUCAUUCUCCGGUCUUGCGCCUCAUGAGCAUGACGGUCCCCAUCGGCACCCCAAGGAUUCCCGUCUGUGGGUGCAGUGGCCGACGCAUGUCGUUCAUUUGACCUGGAAGACCCUGGUUCGAGACUAUGUCAAUCUACUCCUGAUUUGUGUCCCGCUGGGCAUCGUGGCUGGUGCCCUGGGCUGGGAUUCCACGGCAGUGUUCACACUGAAUUUCUUUGCCAUUAUUCCGUUGGCUUCCUUGCUGAGCUUUGCUACGGAGGAAUUGGCGGCGACCAUGGGUCAGGCCCUGGGUGGCCUGAUGAAUGCUACUUUUGGAAAUGCUGUCGAAUUGAUCGUCAGCAUCAUCGCAUUGAAGGAUAACCAGGUGCGCGUGGUACAGGCCAGCAUGCUUGGCAGUAUUUUGUCGAACAUUCUACUUGUGCUGGGCUGUUGUUUCUUCGUUGGUGGAUUGCGCUUCCGCGAACAGUCGUUUAACAGCACCGUGGCAUCGACCAUGUCCUCGCUCAUGGCCGUUGCGUCCGCCUCGCUGAUCAUCCCUGCUACCCUCUACGCCGCUAUUUCGAACAACAGCAACUCCGCACCGGGUGAUGAUGACAACCGUGCUGCUCAGCACAACAUUUUGAUUCUGUCUCACGGUACCUCGAUCAUUCUCCUUUUGAUCUACGUCAUGUACCUCUACUUCCAGCUGCGAUCCCACUCUGAUCUCUUUGAAGAGACAAACGGCAGCGAUGCCGAGACCGGUGCUGCGGAUGAAGAAGAGGAAGAAGAGGAAGAGCGCAUUCUCAGCCCCUGGGCUGCAACAGUUGCGCUGGUCGUCGUUACCAUUCUCGUCUCAAUCUGCGCGGACUACCUUGUCGGCAGCAUUGACAGCAUCGUCGAAAAGACCGGCAUGAGCAAGACCUUCAUUGGUCUGGUGUUGAUUCCCAUCGUCGGCAACGCUGCGGAGCAUGUGACUGCCGUGGUUGUUGCGUACAAGGACAAGAUGGAUCUGGCAAUUGGUGUUGCAAUUGGUAGCAGCUUGCAGAUUGCGCUCUUUGUCACUCCCUUCCUGGUCAUUCUGGGAUGGAUCAUCAACAUCCCAAUGACUUUGCACUUCCAAACUUUCGAGACAGUCGCCUUCUUCAUCUCUGGCUUGGUGGUUACACUGCUCAUUCAGGAUGGAAAAUCCAAUUAUCUGGAGGGCGGCAUGUGUCUCGGCAUGUAUAUUAUUCUUGCCCUGGCGUUCUACGUCUACCCCGAUAACGUGGUCAACUAA